UAUUUCCAUGACUGAGCAGAUAUUUUAGAUGACAGUUUUCUCAGAUAAUAAUAAGAGCUGUUAUUGGAAUGGACCAUGUAAAUGAAUGAUUAAAUAACCGCCAGCUGAGGAAUCCGGGAUUUUGGUGGAAAAAAAACCCCUCUUCACUUUAAUCCGCAAACUGCAUUUCAAAGGACUUCAAAUGGGCCACUUGCUCCUCAGAAAAGAGACUCAUUCUGCCGUGGAGGGCAAUUUGAAUGUUUGCGCACUGAGAGGAAUGUCGAGCCUGCAGAGCCGCUGAGGGACUCAAACUGCUGCUUAAUUAACCCGAUAUUUGCUCGCGAGUCGGAGCCCAGUGCUGAUCGUCUCGUGAGCGUCUCUCUAAAUGCGCGCUGUCCCGUGGAGCCCCGCAGCGGCACGGCAGCAAGAUGAGAUCGCGGAUCCCGCUACUUCUCGCGGUACUUGCGGCGGCGUGUCUGCGGUUUGGCAGUGCGGAGGCCGAUCCUCUCCCGGCUGCUGUGGUUGAGUUGGUGAAGGGUGGAUCUGUGUCUUCUAUUCAGGACUUGCAGUUUCUACUGUUUUCUGAAUCCAUAGAGGUUGAGCCAGACAGUCACCAUGAAAACGACACCAGCAACCGUCUGCCACGCAGUCUUCUGGAUGCUCAGCCCGCUCAGCAAGCCAUCUGUAAGGUCAGGACCGAGGUCAUCGAGGUCACACGCUCCAUGUUGGACCGUAGCAAUGCAAAUUUCCUGUUGUGGCCUCCGUGCGUGGAGGUGCAGAGGUGCUCGGGCUGCUGUAACACCAAGAGCCUGCAAUGUGUUCCUGUACUUACACACACACGAUACCUACAGGUGAUGAAGAUACAGUACGUGAACAAGCGGCCGCUCUACGAUAAGGCCGUCGUCUCCGUCCUCGACCAUGUAGAGUGCCGCUGUCAGCCGGCUCCUCGGCCUGCCCAGCGGCGGAAAUCAUCCGGCCAAAAACAGGAUGCACGGGAUCGUUUGGGAAAAACUCGACCCAAAGAUGAGCUCCAUCGCAGUGAUGAACUCAAACAUAACCAGAGGUUAAGCCUGGAGGACCUGCUCAGCCACAGUUGGCUGCCCAAAGAGAGGUUCUCUGAAUCGGGAGCACCAGACACUUUCCAUUUCGGCCGUGACGGCUGGGCUCGGAACGAGACGCAGUAUGGAGGGGGUAAAAGUAAUCACCGUCACCCUGCGGACGGAAGGAGACACGGCAACACGAAUGGCACAUCAUCAGCAGAGGGAACAACGGCUCCACUGCCGAAUCAUACCGAGCAGGAAGAAACUGAUUCGUCACUGCACAACGCUACGCAAUUUGAAUCACAGAGUAAUGCCAACCAAAGUACAACCAAUCAGACAUCUGAAUAUAAUAUGGGGCCAUUAACCAAUCAGACUUUUAAGCACCAGUCAAACCUCACGCAAGAAAUAGAACAAUUGCGAACAACCAAUCGGACAGACCAACUUGCUUUCAAUGCCACAGGAACAGCCAGUCAGAAUCUGGGAGAUGUAGAGGAGAAUGGUCCGAACGUGAGAGGUGAGACUACAGACGUAGAGGCGAAGGAGGUGGAGCGAGAGCAGAGACAAAUGGACAGAAAGGCCAAGGAGGGGGAGGAGGUGGUGGUGGUGGAAGACUUGCUGCUUCAG